UUUUCUUGCUCAAUUUUUUUUUUCUCUCCACAAAGGGCAGGAGGAAAAAAAAAAAAAGAAAAGAAAGUAAAGACCAAAGAGUGGAGAAAAGUUUUGAUUAUUGUUUGGGCUGUCCCGUUUUCCUUCUUUAAUUUGGGCUACCAUUCUUUUGUUCUCCUCUCUUCCGUUACUGGGUUUAGGGUUUGAUCGAGAACGAUAAUUGAGGAGAGAUGAUAGACUUCGCUCGGGUUCAGAAGGAGCUACAAGAAUGUAGCAGAGAACAAGAUUCUUCGGGCAUUACGGUCUCUCCAAAAUCAGACAAUCUCGCUCGCUUGACUGGCAUCAUCCCUGGCCCCCUUGGCACUCCCUAUGAAGGAGGCUCCUUUGAAAUCGAUAUCACAUUGCCUGAUGGGUAUCCAUUUGAGCCUCCGAAAAUGAAAUUUGUGACCAAAGUUUGGCACCCGAACAUUAGUAGUCAAAGUGGGGCGAUAUGCCUGGAUAUAUUGAAGGACCAGUGGAGCCCUGCACUCACUCUUAAGACAGCUCUUCUUUCUGUCCAAGCUUUGCUUUCUGCUCCCGAACCUGAUGAUCCUCAAGAUGCUGUAGUAGCACAACAGUAUCUGAGAGAGUAUCAGACAUUUGUUGGUACAGCCCGUUACUGGACAGAAAGUUUUGCCAAGGCCUCUUCUUUAGGGAUCGAGGAAAAGGUGCAACGGCUUGUGGAAAUGGGUUUCGCCAAUGGUUUGGUGAGAAGUACUCUAGAAGCUGUUGGCGGUGACGAAAACCUAGCCCUUGAAAGGCUUUUAUCCAGCUGAUCUGCGCUGGAGCUACCAAUUGUUCGACUUCCUUUGAGUUAAUUUUCAUGUACCUGGUGAAUCUGAACACUAUACAAUGACACAAAGUAUUAUAUCUGAAUAUAAGGUGCUUAUUAACUUUUGCUGGA